UCUAAUCACAAUCAGCCAGAGUUCAAUGAAAGGAAACGCAACCAGCUGGUUCGUAUCAAGUACAAACAAUUAGAUUUUUGUAUAAUUUUAAAAGAAAUGUCCAACGAGAACACUUUGGAUUUGCACUACGUACACCAAAGCUUCCAACGAAGCCUGAAAGAAGACGACGAUGUUGUUAUGGAAGCUUAUAUUGAUGGAUACAAUGAGCUAGUCAAGUUCCUCAAUCUCAUCGGUUCGGUGUUCUCAUUCGUGAGCAGCGAUGUAAAAAGCAAAAUUAAGGUGAUGGAAAAACAUAAGGAUGGUGAAGAUACAGUCUAUUAUGAAUCUUUUAAGAAAAUGAUGAAGUACGAGAAAGAAACAAACUUACACGAGAAAAGCGGGUUUGUCUCUGGUUCGAGGACAAUGCUGAGGCUCCACAGAGGUCUAGACUUUAUAAGACUAUUCCUCAAAAAACUAGGCGAUUCGGAAGACACAGUCAACACGUGUACAGAAUGCCAGAACGCGUACAACUCAACGUUAGCGGAAUUCCAUCCGUGGUACAUCAGAAAAGCAGCAACUUUGGCGAUGCACGCGUUGCCUAACCGGCCGGACUUACUAAAGAAGAUCUUCGGGUCCGAAGACAGCCUAACAGCGGCGCUAGCCAUCCUCCCACAGACCCUCUCGUCGUGCGACGAAGUAUACAAUCGCGUACAACAGCUAUACACAGAUUUUGACUUCCACGGCCUGCCCUAGUGUUGCCAGGUGAAAUUAGACAUUGCCAGGUGAAAACGUGAUAGGAUGUGUUCAGAAUUAUGAUCUUUGAGUAUUAAUCGCUUAUGUUUUUACAGUAUUUUCAAACUCCAGAUAAUUGGAAAUAUUCACCUAUUAAGUUUAUUUCAGAGGAAUAAGUAAGGGAAGAACUCCAUACAUCAGUAAAUGCCAGUUAUUUGUAUCACUACUCGAUACUAGGUGUCAACAGUGUCUCGUCUGCCAAAAAAAAAAAUAGAACAGUUUACAACUUGAAAUAUUACAAGCAUAAGGGAUUGAAAACAGAAUACUGAUUAAUACUGAUUGUAAUAUUAGCUAAAAAUUAGUGAGCAUUAGACUCUUCGUUCGUCGCGACAUCUAUUUACAAGGAGCAGUACUGAUAAUUUACGCUAGUUGACGCGUGAUUGUCGCCAUAUGUCACUAUAACUAUGCCUAUACUAAUAACUCGCAUUUAUCUACUGGUGUAUGGAGUUACAACUCUUCCCUUAGGGCCCAUUUAGACGGUACGAGAACUCGCAUACGAGUUUUAUUACAUUGCGGUAUUUGAUGGCUGUGCAAAAUUGUAUGUGACCUCAACAGUGCGCAAUGUAACUAAAAUCGCAUGCGAGUUCGCACGCCGUCUAAAUCAGGCCUUACUUAUUUCUCUAUGGUUUAUUUUAUAAAGUUUAAAGAUGCUGUUACAAGAGUCGUACGAGUAUUUUCAUUUUGACUUUUAUGUUGAGUUGAGACUUUCACACUGUCACUUCGAAACUAGAUGCAUAUUUUAUUUUAUUAUUCAAUAUAAGUAAGUACAUAUUAUUAAAAGAAACAUCAUUUGAACCAAAAAUAGGAUCUUUUUAUCUGUAGUUUGAUAAUAUUGACCCAGAAAAUAGUUUAAUCUGUCAAUGCAAUGUAAAGUAUUUUAUUACGUAUUUUUCCCAUCCAUAUACCAUACGUAUUUUGCACCAGCUAGAGUAAACCCAGAAUGUGGGAGGUAUCAGUUUAUACUUAUACUAUAAAAUCGGCUGGGUUUUUUCUAUUGUAGUAACAGCAUGCACAGGGUGCGUAGCCGAAUGGCACAAACGCUCACGAAACGAAACGCUCGUAGAUAUCUAUCUCUAUCGCUCUUGCGCAUUGGCGUGACAGAGCCAGACUACCUUUCGCGGCCUUUAAUUUUCGUUUCGCGUCGCAGAAAUGCCAUUCGGCUACGGCGCCAGGUCUCGUAAGCAAGGACCCCGCGAAGGAUACGGGCUAGUCUUGCUCAUGUGCAUAUCUGCCGCCAUCAGUUUUCUCUUAGUCGCCAUAUACGGGCAUUUUCAGAAUUUGGGCCCCCCCAAUUAGCAAAAGUUGUUAACAAAAAUUAACUCGCUGUCAGUUUUGUGACGACAAUUAAGCAUGAAAUCUAUCUAAAAAUUUACACUUUUCACAUUCUGAACGUAGAUU